CAAGGUCCCUCGAAAGUCAAAAAUGGCAUCGCUCUCCGCUAUACCUAUCAUAAAUGGACAAAAUGGGGAUAGCCAGGCGAAGAAGCCUAAGUUAUCUGAUGAUAAUCGUGUAACUGUUGUGUUGGGAACUCAAUGGGGCGAUGAAGGUAAAGGUAAAGUUGUGGACUUGUUAGCUGCGAAAGCGGAUGUAGUGUGCAGGUGCCAGGGAGGUAAUAAUGCAGGCCAUAGUGUUCACAUUGGAGAGAAAGAAUAUGCUUUUCAUUUGUUGCCAAGUGGUAUAGUAAAUCCAGACUGUACUGCUGUCAUUGGCAAUGGGGUUGUUGUACAUGUACCAAAUCUUUAUGAAGAGGUUAAAAAGAAUGAAAAGCAUGGAUUGCCUGAUUGGAAAAAUCGACUUCUCAUAUCAAACAGAGCACAUUUAGUUUUUGAUAUGCAUCAACAAGUGGAUGGGUUACAGGAAUCAGGAAGAGGCAAAAAUUUGAUUGGUACAACUAAAAAAGGCAUUGGCCCGACUUAUUCCUCUAAGGUAACAAGAAAUGGAUUACGGAUGUGUGACUUAGUUGGAGAUUUUGAAAUUUUCAAAGCGAAAUUCCAAAAUUUGGUUGAUUACCAUAAGAGAAUUUUCCCAGAUUUAAGUGUAGACGUGGAGUCUGAGUUAAAGAGAUAUGAAGCCUAUCGUAAUGAAAUCCAGCCAUUAGUAACAGAUACUAUUAGUUAUCUGUAUACAGCUAUACGAAAUGGUAAAAAUAUAUUGAUAGAAGGUGCUCAGUCAGCCAUAUUAGAUAUUGAUUUUGGCUUAUAUCCAUAUGUGACUUCCUCUAACUGUACAGCUGGUGGUGUAUGUACUGGAUUAGGUAUACCACCAAGGAGUAUAGGUGAUAUUUAUGGUGUAGUUAAAGCUUAUCUAACACGAGUUGGUACCGGUGGUUUCCCUACUGAACAGUCUAAUGAAAUUGGUAAUGUAUUAUUAACCAAAGGAGCAGAAUUUGGUGUAACGACAGGUAGACCUAGAAGAUGUGGCUGGUUAGAUAUGAUGAUGUUAAAAUAUGCUAAUAUGAUCAAUGGUUUCACAGCGUUGGCAAUAACAAAACUAGACAUUUUAGAUGAUUUUAAAGAAAUAAAGAUUGGUGUAUCAUAUCAUAUAGAUGGGAAAAAAAUAGAAACUUUUCCUGCCUGUGAUGAAGUAUUACAGAAAGUGAAAGUAGAAUAUUUAACGUUACCAGGGUGGGAAACCAGUACAGAAAAUAUCAGAAAGUUUAAUGAUCUACCUCCUAAUGCCCAGAGAUACAUUAAAACUAUUGAAAGUCUGGUUGGCGUUCAAGUACGAUGGGUUGGUGUUGGUAAAGAUAGACAUUCUAUGAUAGAAAUAUAA